UGUUUGUGGUUAUGUGUAUAUUUUUGUCAGUUUUGUGAAGAGAGAAGCAUAAAUUAAUUUUUUUAAAUUGUGUAUGGUAGAGAGUAAUAAUUAAAAUAUAAAACCCAGUAUAGAAUAAGAAAUAAUAUUUCCAACUAAUAAAACUAAGAAAGAUGUUGAAAACUUGUCCUGAUCCUGUAGAUAUAAAUGAUAUUCAAUUCAAAUUACACUGCAGUCUGAAGAUUUUCGAUAAUAGUAGUAUCGAAACGUUUCAAAACAAUAACAGUUUAAUUUCUUGUGCCAGUCGUUAUGGUCUAUUAUUUGCUGGGUCAAAUUCACCAUCUUUAAAGGUUAUUCAAGUUAAGACUGUUGAAAAUUUCACCCACAAAGAUAAAGAAAUUUCACAAUUUCCAAGAAGAACUAUUCCGUUACCUUCUCCUGCUAAACAUGUAUCUGUGAAUUGUGACAGUACCCUAUUAGCAGUAGUUAUACAACGGGACAAUUGCCCUGUUGUUAUUUUUUAUGACGUUUUAUCAUUCUACAAACAAAAUGUAGUGGUUGUAAAGGAGGUAAGACUGUCUGCUACACCAGGAACCUUCAUCACUGAAGUGGGUUGGAAUCCUGCAAUUCCAGGGAUAUUUACGGCUUGUAAAAAUGAUAAAAUCUUGGGUGUUUACGAACUAAAAGGCAGUUCUGUAGAAAUUAACGAACUACCAGCAGCUGCAGGCAGCGUGAGUUUCAGUUGGAGCCCCAAAGGAAAGCAGAUUGCCGUAGGUUCUAUAACUGGCACCAUUGUUCAAUACAAGCCAGAUCUAAAAGCUGUUCGCAAAAUUGAGGCGCCCCCUUUUGAAACUGCUCCUUCGCUAAUAUCUCUAUGUUGGGUUUCGAAUUUUCAAUUUAUUGGAGUGUAUCAGUUUCCAGAAGAUGCUAAGCUGAUUGUGGUAGAUGCUCCAAAGACUGGAGAAACCAAUUACACGAAUUAUGAUGACGUUUGUUAUAGCGGAUCCACUAGAAUUUCUCAAUUUUAUCUAAUUUUACUCCAGCAUUGGAAUCUUUUAAUGAUAGCCUCCUCGAAUAGUAUGGAACUCGGUUUACUAGGAUUAGUUUCCGAAAUCUGGACACAGUGGAAUGUACCAGAUUUUGCUCGUGCGGAAUUACCUUUAGGCUCCGAUAAACAAGAAACGCUUCCUGUGGGAAUGGCUUUAGAUAUAAGCAACACGAAACCGUUGCCUUGGGGCGAAGGUCUCAAACCACCAUGCCCUUAUUUGCUGCUACUGAGCCACACUGGAGUUCUCUAUUUCUAUAACUUAGUUAAUUUGAAGGAGGGUAUUCCUAGUAUAAAUAGUCCUCCUGAUGCUAUUGCUGACAGCAGUGGACUUGCUCAGUUUGUGUUAGAGACUCAACAAGCCGAAGUUGCAGCUACACCUCCAAAACCACAACAACCCUUUUCGUUUGGGAACGUCGCACAGCCAGUUGCGGUUGCUCAACCUUUAAUUACACCAGCACCUGCUAAAGUCAUACCGCAGACUUCCCAGCCCAGUUUUGACAUAAUCAAGCCCAUAGUAACUCAGCCGACUCCGCCUUUUGGGCUACCGCAAGGAUCGGUGCCUCCUGGACAAUCGUUAUUCGAUAAAUCUCUAGGACCACAAGUUACCAUAACUCCUGUAAAGCAGCAACCACAAAUAAGCGCGCCUUCGAUUUUUGGAGGUGCUGUUACGUUGACACCUGUCAAAUCGCAACCACAGAAUGUUGAAACGAGCGAGAAAUACUCUGCAAUCUACUCUGCUCUAAAAGCUCCAAGUAUGAUCCCCGCUCCAGCAGAUCCAAGACCAAUCCUGAUCGCUACAAAGCAAGAGGGCCAACCAGUAGGUGCACACCCAGUUUUACCGGACCCUAGAUCUGUCCCAAUGCCAGAACUCGUGGCACUCGAACCUAUCAAAUUCCCCACAGCAGAAGCCCCAAGAAUCAUCGUAACGCCGAAGACUGCCAAGAAUGUUCCGCAUGACGUUCCGAAGACUACAAUGCCACAAAUUCAAAAGACUGAUGUAGAUCCUAAAUUAGCUAUAGACGAACAAGUAAAAGGUGAGACUCAAGCUAUAUUAACCAAAAUGGUGAAAGAAGAAUGUUUAGCCUUGGAAUCUGAGUUAAAGGCUUUGCUACAUCAAGGCAGAAAGAUCAAUGUUAAUAUCGGGAAUGAAAAUGAGAAAAUAAUGAUGAUAAAAGAGUUGCAGGAUUUACAAGAAUUUGUUAAGGAAAUUGUAGAUGUUAGUUUAGGAGAAAGUGCCGAGGUUCAUUCGUUAAAACAAAACCUAGUUUUGUCGUGGGCUUGGUACGAGGAGGCUUUAUCUAGAUACAAUCUCUCCAAAGACGAAACAAUGGGACUGAUUCUGAAGAGCCAACCACUCGAUUCUGCAACGGAAAAACGACAAUCCGAUAUUAAAAAAAUGAUGUAUUAUUUGGAUUCUCAAUUAUCUCAAGCCAGCAAAGCUUUAGAUGAACAAUGGGACAAUUUUCAGGAUUAUACAAAAAAAUCGUAUAGAGUACAAAUGCCAACAAUGGAAGCCAUUUUCCAAACCAUGGUGAGACAGGGUGCACUUUUACAAAAACAGAACUACAUUUUAAAAGAUAUAAGCAGCAAUGCCAACCUAAAACAGAUGUCUAAAGACACUUCUUCCCUCUUCGUUGGAUUAAAAAAGAUCGAGGACCUUAAAUACCUUCGUUUGGAUCCAGAUGAUGACUACCGCAUUCUACAUGAGCAAAUACGCGACAGAAACAAAAAAUUAACUUCGUCGAAAACGCAGAAGCUUCGAGACUUCCUCAAACAUAGAGAUAUAACCCACGUUACAGCUGCUAGACCUAAACUUAACACCUCACUGACCAGAUCACCCACUGUUAGAGGAAGCCACGUUUUUUCGAUACUAGGAGCCGAAAUGUCGCCUGUAAUGAAACCGGCAGUUGUUAAAAACCUUAAAUUUUCUGAAUCGACUCCUUUAAAACUUAUGCAAGAUAUAAAACCGACAUUGGUACCUCCAAAUACUCCAGCACAACCGGAACCUUCAAAAACCUUCACGUUUAAAAGCUUGGACAAAAACGUACUGCCUCCUAACGUUAGCACUUAUUAUCCAGUGACGAAAAACCUUUUAAGCAAUUUAACUCAAACCCCUAUCUCUUCAGCUUUCGUUCCUACUACUCAAGCCACUAAAAAUUUUACCUCUUCAGCUGGUUUAACUUUCACAACACCUUCAACUGUAGCAGUUGAAGGAACCCCUAGUCAGACAUCUGUAGCCCAGUCUUUAUAUCCCAAUUUGUCCCAAUACACUUUUGAUAGUACUAGUACAAGCACGAAACCUGAAUCGUCAGUUCCCAGUCAAGGAAAAGUUACUUUCAGUUUUAAAUCAAAUGUUGACGUUUCUUCUGAGUUACCAUCCCAAAACACUGGAGCCCAGAGUUUCUUUUCAUUUGGAAAACCCGCUAGUUCAGCUAUUGCCACUGCAAGUUUGCAAACUGUAGCAACGACGACUUCUUCAAAGUCCUUAUUAGGAACACCUGGCACAGCGGAUACAGGCAGCCUCCUUACGGCACCUAAACCUAAUUUCUUUAGUACGGCUCCAUUGACUAUACUUCAAUCAACAACUUCAACUUCAGCACAACUUCCUCAAACUACUUCUGUAUCAAACGUUUCUAAACCAAGCACACCUUUGAUGAAUUUAAAUACUGCUUCAGUGGCCUUAACUACAACAACCACGUCACUGUUUGGUUCAAUUAGCUCUCCUUCUGUUUCAACAUCUUUCUUCGGCACAAAACCACUUACAUCGUCAGCUAAAGUGGCUUCCUUUGGUGAUGUUAAAUCAACAGGAGAUGGUGACAGGUUACAUUCAACAACAGACGAAGCUACUAUUAGUAGUACGAUUGCUACUAGUACUACAUCCAUAGGUGCAUUAAAAACACCGUCCAGUUCUUCUGGUUCUAUUAGCGUAACUAAAUCAGGAUUUACUCCAGUUGUGAGCAGUACUUCUAUGUUUGCGCCGGGUACUGCAAUUUCUACCAAAGUGGGAUCCCUGUUUAGCUCCAUACCUCCAGCAACAUCAAUAAAGUCUACUUUUAAUACUAGUACAUCUGCAUCAGUUUUUCCGACUAUAUCGUCAAGUUCAAGUGGAAUAUCGAUAAGCAGCAAAAGUUCCAUUUUUGAUAAAACCGAAAGCACACAAGGUUCUGUAUUUACUAGUACCGCGACAGUCACGGAAUCUUCUAUAUUUGGCAAUACUGGAUCUACUGCCCAGACUACGCUUUUUGCUUCUCAACCUACUGUUCAGUCAUCUUCUGAAUUUGGUACCCCGGUGAUUACUCAAACUUCUACUGUCGAAACACCAAAGUCUACACAAGCUUCUGUAUUUGGAACUGCAGCUACACAACCGUCUAUUUUUGCAUCUCCAGCAACCACGCAGUCUUCCAUUUUUUCACCAGCAAGUACUCAGCCAUCUCUUUUUAGUACGCCAACCACCACCAAAUCGUCUAUUUUUACUUCAGAAGCUCCUACUCAAUCAUCUCCUUUUAGUAAUACAGCCAUCACCCAGCCUUCAAUUUUUGCUUCACCAACUUCUACCUCAACGACCACUCAGUCGACUAUUUUUGCUUCAGUAGCUACCACUCAACCCUCGAUUUUUAGUACGCCAACCACCACACAGUCUUCUGGAUUUGGUACCCCAACAACUACUCCUGGAACUAUAUUUGGUGCUACAACAUCUACUGCAACUUCUACUUUUGGUAUGCCAACAGCUACAUCAUCUGCUUUUGGUGCAUCAUCAGCUAGUCCUUUGGCAGGUUUUGGUGCACCAUCAAUUACUGCACCCGCAGCUACUUCAUCAUCUACUUUUGGUGCAUCAUCAACUAGUCCAUUGGCAGGUUUUGGUGCACCAUCACUUACUGCACCCGCAGCUUUUGGUUCUCAAAAUACAACGCAAUCUUCUAUUUUCGGUGUUACGACAACUACAAAGUCUUCUAUUUUUGGUUCUCCAAGCACUACUCAAUCAUCAGUUUUUGGUACUCCCUCCACGACUACACAAGCACCUUUUUUUGCCACUACCCAAUCUUCCGUUUUCGGUGGUCAGUCAACUGGCUCGAUAUUUAGUAGUACGACACCUUCCGCAUUUGGUUCAGCAAGUCCUACCAGCACACAAGGAUCUAUAUUCGGAGCAGCUUCUCCGGUUUCAAGCUCAUCUUCAAUUUUUGGUGCACCAGCUACUACAUCUUCAGGAUUUGGUCAAACAACAGGUUCUAUUUUUGGUUCCUCAGGCUUUGGUGCAACUGCAACGACCACAGCUGCAUUUUCUCAACCGGCAACGUUUGGCUCAAAUUCUGGUUCAAUAUUUGGUACCCCAGCAACAUCCAACAACAGUGUUUUUGGUUCGGGAAGCAAUUCGUUUGGUGCUGCAAGUACUUCUAGUAGUGUUUUCGGUUCUACACCAUCCUCAUCGUUUAGUUUCGCUUCAGCUGCUAAUAAUGCGGGUUCUUUAGGGUUUGGAAACCUGAAUGUCGGGAAUACAUCCGGUAAUAGUAUUUUUGGAGCUGCUCCAACCUUCAAUCAACCAAAUGCAAACCCCUUUGCCAGCGCUACCAACAUAGAGACUCCUUCUACGACUGGGUCUAUAUUUGGCAGUGGUAGUACCAGUAGUGGCUUUGGCAGUGGUGGUGGUAGUAGUUCCCAAAGUAUAUUUGCAACGAAUACAUUUGGUUCUGCUGGAGGAUUUGGCCAACAGUCUAGUUUUGGACAAAGUACCUUUGGUCAACAAUCGUUCGGUUCGCCACAAGCAGGGCCUUUUAGUGGAGGCGGUGUAGGGGUAGGACAGACCGGUUUUGGAUCUCCAGGAGGCUUUCAAAAACAACAAGGAGGUUUUGGGGGAGCACCCGUGUUUGGAGGAUCGCCACAAGCUGCAUUUGGAAGUAGUCCCAGUUUUGCGAGCCCUCCCGCUUUUGGAGGGGCACCAUCGUUUGGAAGCCCCGCUAAAGUUUUUGGAUCGAAUGCACCACCAGCUAACUUUGGAAAUGCUGGUGCUGCCAGUCCCGGAUUUGGAAAUUUAGCCAGCCAAAAUACAGUUGGAUUUGGAAGCUUAGCUCAACAAGCGUCUUCGUCACCUUCUACACCUUUCUCGGGGAGUUCAUCAUUUUCUAGUUGGAGAUAAGUGUUAAAUAAGAUUACAUAUAAUAUUAUUAGGUAAGAUUUUAAAUAAAAUGCGAAUGUAUAACUUUUAUUAAACAUGUUUAUUCUUAAAAA